AUGGGCACAGGCCGAGGCCGAGGACGUGAAACAUGGGCUAAAGGCAAAAAGCUUGAUCUGCUUGAAAGCUAUAAAACGCUAUUCUUCAAGGAUAAAAGUGCAAUGUAUGCUCAAGCGACGAGUGCGUUCAUCAACAAGUGGGGCUAUGAUCUUGCUCCAAACAACCUGCCAGAUCCCAACAAAAUAUACACAGUACUGGAUAUCAACACUUUUGGAGAUGGCAAGCAACGAACCGAUGAAGAGACCAGGCAGUCAGACUUCCAUCACAAACUGCAUGAGAAAAUUGCCAAUUGGGCACAUCAUCGUUGGCACUGA